AAAUCCAAUGGCGAGUUAUCCUUCAAAAUUUGGGUGCCUUUCAGAAUUUUGGAAAAGGGGUAAAACAGUAAAUUCAUGCUAUUGAGAAAUCAAAUUCAAGAGACAAGCUCUUGUUCUGAUCAUCUGCCUGAAAAUCGCAUUCAACCCAUUCUCAAACCCUUCCAUCGCGAUCUCUAAUCCUUCUAAGCUUCUUCGCGCCGAUUGCAGUUUAUCGCCGCCGACGCCAUCGCCGACAGCCUCCAAUGCGGCAUCCACAUCCCCCAAUUCAUCGCCGAUUUGGUCGUGUUCUUCGCAUGCUAUCUCUCCUUUUCGCAUCAGAACCUUUGAAACUAAUGCCCACCGAUUCGGCUUCCAUUUGGCCGAUUGAGACGCGACGAACGAUAAGAGGGAGGUGACAAUGGAAAUGGUAACGAAACAGGAUUCUUUUAGGGCUCGAAUCACAGCAUAGAGAUGGAGAUCUUGAUUCAUCAGAUGAGUCGAUCCGAUUUUCUCGUUCAUUUGCUUGGUUGAUGAGAUCAAUUUCAGUGCCUCUUUCUUCGUCUUCUUUCUCAGGUGUCUAAAAGCUUCAUGAAUCCAUCGACCAAUUCGUCCACCCAUUUUCGGUUUUGGUGUCUCGAUAAGAGCUGUUUGGUGGAUGCCAUUUGGAGAAGCUCAUCCAUGGAAGCGUAUAGAUCGUCCAGUCCCAACAGGCCGUUGCAGAUUGAUUUGGAGGUUGAAGGAGAUGAGUUCUCCAAUGGCUUCAACUUGCUCAGUUGCUCUUCGAUUCUUAGAGUGGUGGGAUGGGAUCUAGAAGGGAAGUUAAGAGGGAGGAGACAUCAAGCGUUGGUUUCAAUGAAUGCAGGUUGGCAGCGGAGAAAUAGCCGGCGGGAGUGUCCUUGUUUGCCCAAAAAACUGAGAAAGGAGGCAAGGGUGCUGCUUAAUUUCUUUGGAUCAAAUUGCACGAAAAAAGAUGGAAGGAGAGAAUCUUGGAGGCAAAGAAGAGACAGAAACAGAAUAUUAAAAAGGGGAGGUCACGUACAUUGCAGAACACUGAACUUGUACAUUGAAAACAAAUGGAUAGAAGAAGAAGACAAGGCCUUCAAGGAUCCAUCAUGUGACCGUACAGUUCAAAAGUCUAUUUUGCAGGAAAUCAAGUCACCGCAUGCGUUCAUGGCUCAAAGAUAAAAUGAAACG